AUGUUUGGAAGAACAGUACAAAGCUCUUUGAUUGGAAGAUGGAGUACAUGUAUCUCCAGAUUUCCUUCCACUUCAAUACGUGGAGUGCAGACUGCGGGGUGCAUUAUAAUAGGAGAUGAGGUUCUCAACUCCAAAAUUACGGACACCAAUUCGCGAUAUUUCGCCAAAUUUUGCUACGACAGAGGUAUUGACCUGAAAAAAGUGAGCGUGGUGGGAGACGACUCACAGGACAUUGUGGAGACAGUGCUAGAAUUCAGUUCAAAGUAUGAUUUCAUUGUUUCCUCGGGUGGAAUUGGGCCAACACAUGAUGACAUCACCUACGAAUCGAUUGCAGCUGCAUUUUCGCUUCCUUUGGAACUAGACCACUUAGCUUUGGAGAAGUUUGGCCAAAUCAGGUCUGAUAAGUUCAUGGAUUCCUUGGAUGAGCAUCAAAGAGAGGCCCAUCUCAAGAUGUUCCGUCUUCCCACGCACAAAGACAGGGUGAAAAGUUACUAUAUUGACGGGAAAUGGGUUCCGAUUGUUACUAUUGAUGAGAAAUUUUUUAUUUUGCCGGGGAUACCUAAGCUUUUCAAAGAGUUGCUGGAUAAGGGCAUAGCACCGCAGAUAGAACCGAGGAUGUCUCAGAAUCUGAAAAAUCUCACAUUUUUUGUCAAAACGAAAAUGUCUGAGAGCAAACUCGCACCUACCUUGUCAGCUCUACAACACCAAGCACAAGAACAGGGAUCGAAGAUAAAGCUGGGAAGUUACCCUCACAUGGGCAAGGGAGUGAAUACGGUGAGUAUUACGGGAAAAGCUAAUGAAGCACACCACUUGAGGAAAUUGGUAGACUCAAUAGUUACCAGUCUUGAGGGGACAGAAAUAUCCAGAGAAGAAGAGGAAAUUCUUUCCGAGAGUUAA